CUUUCAAAAUCCCGGAUAUAAAAACAACAAUACGUAUUCGCUAUGUCUCGCGGCAGCUCUUGCGGCGCUCACCAUCACGAACACGAACACGAGCCUUUUGAGAGAGGCAGAGAAUACAGCCUAUUUGCUAAAAUAAACAAGGAACAACUGGAUUGCCUGAACGAGUCGGAAGAGGGUUCAGCAGCUGGUGUUUUCAAGCCUUGGGAUGACAGACUGGAUACGGACAAGUUUGUUGAGAGUGAUGUUGAUGAAGAGCUACUGUUUCGAAUACCGUUUACGGGAGACAUUAAAUUGAAAGGGUUUAUUGUGAUUGGUGGGGAGGGAAACAGUCAUCCAUCUGAAGUAAGACUAUACAAAAAUCGACCAGGAAUGACUUUUGAGGACACUGUUGCUGAACCAGAUGAGACAUUUCAACUUUAUGAAGAUCGGAAUGGAACGACAGAGUAUGCUACAAGAGUUUCCAAAUUCUCCAGUUUGACUCAUCUUUGUCUUCACUUCUCUCGAAAUUUUGGAGCCGAUACGACCAAGAUAUACUAUAUUGGAUUCAGAGGAGAAUUUUCGGAGUCACACAGGCACGAGGUCACCAUCUGCAACUAUGAAGCCAGAGCAAAUCCGGCCGACCACAAGAAUGAGACACUAGACAGUGUAGGUCACCAGAUAUCAUAAACAGUAAUUCAUUUUUGUAUUUGCACAAGCACCACUGUGUUUGUGUGGAUUUAAGCAACUAGACAGACAUGAAACCCUAGAGUCAGAUCUCAAUUUGCAACUUGUUGGUUUAAUGUUGUGUUGCCAUGGGAGAUGAAGCCAGUGCAGAAGAUGGUGCUUGAAACAGCCAAAUCGAGUUAAUGAAACACAAACAAACUCUCAACAAUUAACUUCCCUGCUGCACUUGUAGAUACCUACAUACAUGCCAUCCUUGCUUGCAAGUGGGUUCCUCCCUCGAACACUUAUGGGUCAUGACCUGACC